AUGUGGGAUGCGAGGGCUCCGCAGCUCCGGCGGCGGGGCCAGGGCGUCGUCAUCUCCCUCCUCCUCCUCCAUCUGCUGCUGCUGCUCCUCCUUGCAGGCGCCGCCAGCGGCCAGCAGCAGGUCCAGCCGCCGCCGCUGCCCCCUGUGCCUCCCGCUGACCUGCCGGACGUGGAGAGGCAGCUCAACAACCUGACCGACAACGUCGCCGUCACAAUCUCCGACAAGUUCAGCUUCUGCGUCGCCGACGCGAAGGAGGAUUGGAACGAGGCGUUCAACUACACGUCCGACCUCAGCUUCGUGGAUCGCUGCCUCACGGAGACCCGAGGCGACCUGCCUCAGCGUCUCUGCACACCCGAUGAAGUCAAAUUCUACUUCUCAAGUUUGUACGACCGUGAUGGCGACAAGAACAUCAACCUCAAGACAAACAUAAACUGCAACAUAUCUUAUUGGGAGAAGGGGUGCGAUGCAGGAUGGGCUUGCGCCACCAAUCCGGUUCAAGAUCCCAGGAACCGUGGUAGCAACGGUAUCCCGCUGAGAACAAGCAACUGCCAAGCGUGCUGCGAGGGAUUCUUCUGCCCCCGCGGUCUUACUUGCAUGCUCCCUUGUCCACUAGGCUCAUACUGUCCACGUGCCACGGCGAAUCAGACAACUGGUCUUUGUGAUCCAUACAAGUAUCAGAUAACUCCAAACACGACUAAUAGCUGUGGAGGUGCUGACAUGUGGGCUGAUAUCCAGAGCACUGAAGAGAUCUUCUGCCCAGCUGGUUUCCACUGUCCAAGCACAACAAAAAAAGAUAAUUGUAGCAGUGGGCACUAUUGCAGAUUGGGUUCCACCGCUGAAGAGAAGUGCAUAAUAAAGGGCUCCUGUGAUGAAAACACAGAGAAUGAAAACAUCAAAAUUCUUGGAGCUUGCAUAGUGGGUGCAUUGUGCCUUAUGCUUCUUAUCAUAUACAACUUCUCUGACAAAUUCCUCAGCAUCCGCGAACGGAGGAAAGCAAGAUCAAGGGAGAAUGCCAUUCAGCUGGCUCGGCAGCAGCUGAAGACGCAAGAGGGAUGGAAGGCCGCAAAACAGUUUGCAAGGAGGCAUGUGAAUGGUAUGCAGGGUCAUCUUUCACGCACAUUUUCACGAAGGAGGUCAUUUCGUCAGCAGGUAGACCCAGAAAAGUCUAGCCACAGGGUGCAGGAAGCACCACUGAUGAGUCAGGUCCAUAUGCAGGAAAUGUCAGAUUCUGCUGUGUUUGCUUCUCAGAGCACAAAUGAGAUAACAGAAGUAAUGCCAUCAGUUAUUGUCGAUGUCAGUGAUGAUGGAGAAGUUGUUGCCACAAAGGAAAAGCCUGUGCCAAAAGGAAAGCACAGAUCAACCCAUACACAAGUAUUCAAGUAUGCAUAUGGCGAGAUCGAGAAGGAGAAAUUCCAGCAACAGGAGAACAAGAAUCUAACCUUUACUGGUGUGAUUGCCAUGGUGAAGGAUCAGCAGAAGGAGAUAACUAGACCUUUGCUCAAGGUUGAGUUCAGGGACCUGACUUUGAUGCUUGGAAAGAAGAAGCUGCUGAGAUCUAUCAAUGGUGAACUCCGGCCAGGGCGUGUAACUGCUGUCAUGGGCCCAUCAGGGGCUGGCAAGACCACGUUCCUCAAUGCCGUUACUGGGAAGGUGAGCGGCUACAAGAUGACGGGUUCUGUCCUUGUUAAUGGAAAGAACGUUAAUAUCCGUUCUUACAAAAAGAUCAUUGGAUUUGUGCCACAAGAUGACAUUGUUCAUGGAAACUUAACAGUGGAGGAAAACCUUUGGUUCAGUGCAAAGUGCAGGCUAUCUGCAAGCAUGAAGCAUCGUGACAAGGUGCUCAUAGUGGAGAGAGUAAUAGAUUCUCUGGAUCUUCAGGGAAUCAGAAAUUCAUUGGUUGGCACUGUUGAAAAGCGUGGGAUUUCUGGGGGGCAGAGGAAGCGUGUCAAUGUGGGCAUUGAGAUGGUGAUGGAACCAUCCCUUCUAAUCCUGGAUGAACCAACAUCUGGCCUGGAUAGCUCCUCAUCACAACUUCUCCUCAGAGCUCUUCGGCAUGAGGCGCUCGAAGGUGUCAAUGUCUGUGCUGUUGUUCAUCAACCGAGCUACACAUUGUACAACAUGUUCGAUGAUUUGAUACUCCUUGCAAAAGGAGGGUUGAUGGUUUAUAAUGGCCCAGUAAAGACGGUUGAGGAGUACUUCACAACUCUUGGAAUCCAUGUUCCUGACCGCGUAAAUCCCCCAGACCACUACAUUGACAUUCUUGAGGGCAUUGUGAAGCCUGAGUCUGGCAUCAAAGCGAAGCACCUACCAGCGCACUGGAUGCUACACAAUGGCUAUGAAGUACCAAGUGACAUGAAAGAUGAUGUCAAGGAAAUUGGUGAACAAACCCCACAAUUCAGGUCCAGCUCCUCAAUAUCUGGUUCAACCCCUCACUGCCUCCCAAUCAGAAAUGCGUUUGCAGAAGAGCGUGACCGUCUCGAACAGCAUUUAUCAAAACCAAAGGACUUAUCUAGCAGAAAAACACCAGGGAUAUUUAUGCAGUACAAAUAUUACUUGGGAAGGGUUACGAAACAGCGGCUGCGUGAAGCUAGGCUGCUCAUGGUUGAUUUCCUAAUACUAGGGCUAGCUGGUAUCUGCUUAGGGACGAUAGCAAAGCUCAGUGACAAAACAUUCGGAAUGCCUGGAUACAUAUACACUAUAAUUGCAGUUUCUCUACUGUGCAAGAUUGCAGCACUGCGGUCAUUUUCACUGGAGCGAUUGCAGUACUUUAGGGAAAGAGAAUCUGGGAUGAGCUCUCUGGCAUACUUCCUUGCUAGGGACACAAUUGAUCAUUUCAGUACUGUUGUGAAGCCGAUCAUUUACCUAUCUAUGUUCUACUACUUCAAUAACCCAAGAUCAACAAUUGGUGAUAACUACGUUGUGCUCUUCGCACUUGUGUAUUGUGUGACGGGGAUAGGAUACACUUUUGCUAUCUGCUUCAGUCCUGGCUCAGCACAGCUGUGUUCUGCACUUAUACCGGUUGUUCUAACUCUGUUAUCCACUCAAAGGAGUACUCCAACAUUUCUCAAGAGAUUGUGCUACUCAAAAUGGGCAUUGGAGGGCUUCAUAAUUGUAAAUGCCAAGAAGUAUCCUGGAGUUUGGCUUAUAACUCGCUGCGGCCUGUUGUUCCAGAGUCAAUUUGAUAUCCACAACUACAAGCUCUGUAUUUUGGUUUUGUUCAUGUAUGGUCUGUUCUUCAGGAUGGUGGCAUUUGCUGCAAUGAUUUUACUGAAGAAGAGAUGA